GCGCCGUAUUUUUGGGUAAAUACGAUCACGUGGGGGCCAGGGAGCCAAUGAGCUGCGGGGAAAAGGCUGGAAAAAUAAUUACCUGCCUUGAUUGUUCUGUGAGCAGAUAAAAAGUACAUAUACAGUUCAUACAAUAAUCUUAUGUAUGUAAAACCCUGUUACGAUGUCGGCGACGGGGCCCAUCAGUAACUAUUACGUGGACUCGCUCAUCUCUCACGACAAUGAAGACCUCCUAGCGUCCAGGUUUCCGGCCACGGGGGCUCACCCCGCGGCCGCCAGACCCAGCGGUUUGGUGCCGGACUGUAGCGAUUUUCCGUCCUGUAGCUUCGCGCCCAAGCCGGCCGUGUUCAGCACGUCGUGGGCGCCCGUGCCCUCGCAGUCGUCCGUGGUCUACCACCCGUACGGCCCCCAGCCCCACCUCGGCGCCGACGCGCGCUACAUGCGGACUUGGCUCGAGCCGCUGUCCGGCGCCGUCUCCUUCCCCAGCUUCCCGGCCGGGGGCCGUCACUACGCCCUCAAGCCGGACGCCUACCCCGGGCGCCGCGCCGACUGCGGCCCGGGCGACGGCCGCAGCUACCCGGACUACAUGUACGGCUCGCCCGGGGAGCUGCGCGACCGCGCCCCGCAGACCCUGCCCUCGCCCGAGGCGGACGCCCUCGCCGGCAGCAAGCACAAAGAGGAGAAGGCCGACCUGGACCCCAGCAACCCCGUGGCCAACUGGAUCCACGCCCGCUCCACGAGAAAGAAGCGCUGCCCCUACACCAAGUACCAGACGCUGGAACUGGAGAAGGAGUUUCUCUUCAAUAUGUAUUUAACCAGGGACCGUCGGUACGAGGUGGCCCGGGUUCUCAAUCUCACCGAGCGGCAGGUCAAAAUCUGGUUUCAGAACCGGAGGAUGAAGAUGAAAAAGAUGAAUAAAGAAAAAACCGACAAGGAGCAAUCCUAAACCCUGCCCCAGCCUGCUGCCUCGGCACAGCCAAGGGAAAAACAAAAAAACCCCACAAAAAUACCCCAACCCAAGCGGGAGACAGCACGAAAAAGAAAAGGAAAGAACAAGAUAGAGAAAAGCCAAUCAGCUUAAAAAGAAAAAAAAAAAGGAAGGGGAAAAGGAAAACUCUUGCAAUUUGGGAGGGUUCAGUGUUGAGAAAUUGGUGUUUUAGAGUUAGUUCUACCCAGCGAGGAGGAGGAGGCGGGGAGAGAAACCGCUUUCUCUUCUCCCAGCGCAACUGAAAUAAAUGACAGACACAAAUGUGA